AUGUCGGACUUCACUGAGUUGAACAGACAAUAUUUCAGGGCCGAAUUCCGACAGGGCCAGGAAUUGAUCUUCAACGAGGUCCAAGGACGUCGCUCCUGGGUCAGUGACAUCUGGAGUGACACCGAAUUGGGAAAAGGUCAUAAAGUCAGGAUGCUCGAAUAUGCUUGCGGGCCUGGUGCUAUCUCCGCAGCGCUAGCACCCUUCGUCGACCAGAUUGUUGGCAUGGACGUAUCCGAAGAAAUGAUCAAGCAAUUCAACAUCAACGCACAAGAAACGGGCUUUGAGGAUAAGAUGGUCGGCUAUCACGGCGACCUCCUCGCUGAAUCGGUGCCCGUCGAUCUAUCCGGGCCCGAGUUCUACGAUUUCGAUCUCGUCGUUGUGAGCAUGGCCCUGCAUCACUUUGACAAGCCUGACUUGGCGCUGAAACGCCUUGGUGAGCGGCUGAAGAAGGGCGGCAUGUUCCUUAUUAUCGACAUGGUACCGGAGGAUAAACACUCCCCACAUGGCCUGCACAACGCAUUCCCCGAGGCGAGCGCGACAAUUAGGAUACAUGGUUUCACCUUGGAACACAUGCAGAAGUUGUUCAAAGACGCUGGGAUGGGCCAGAAGUUCGACUACCAGGUCAUCCAGGAGCCGGUAGUGUUCAACAAAGAGGGAAAGGAGAUCAAGAAGACUAUUUUCAUCGCUAGAGCUCAGCGCAAUUAG